AUGCAGACCACCGCCAUACCCGAACUUGGCUCCAUCAUUGGCAUAGGUGCUUCAUGCUUCGCGUCUAUCUACGAUCAGAAGACGGUCCUCAAGGGAUACGAGAUAUGGGUAGCGGGAAAGAGGAUCUCAUAUUUUGAUCGGCCUUGCGAAGACGCCCUGCGACAUGAGGAGGGCAUCUACAACCACCUCGGAGAGCACCCGCAAAUCCUGCGGUGUUUGGGACUCGUCAGUGUUCAUGAUGGUAUGAACUCUCUCAGGCUUGAACGGGCACCUUUCGGCAAUGUCCGGCAGUAUAUCGAGAGAAAUGAACGCCUCUCGGAACCCCAUAGGCUCCAGAUGGCCUUGGAUGUCGCUGUCGGUCUCAGUCAUAUUCAUUCACGAGGAGUCCAGCACGCCGAUCUUAGUUGCCGGAAUCUCUUCCUCUUUGACAAUUACCGGGUCAAGAUUGGAGAUUUUGGGGGGUCAAUCAUGCAAAACUCGACAUUUCCUCAAACGGUCUGUGAGGAACCCAGAUAUGAGCUGCCUUGUCGAGGUCGGGAUUUUGAGCAUCGACCGGUCGUCAAGAGGGAGCUUUUUGCCUUGGGGUCGGCUAUUUACGAGAUCACAUACUGGACGAGACCAUUCCCCGACUUGCAAGACACAGAGGUGGAAACACGAUAUGCAAAUGACGAGUUUCCCUCGUUGAGCGACGGUAUUGGUGCUGUAUAA